UUCAUAAACUUUGUCGACUUUUUCUUCUGGAAUUUUAGACGGCCUUCUACUGUACCAAUUCCACAAAAGUAUUAAAAUGAAACUUUGAUGCAAUCUUCAUUGGCUCUGUUUUUAUUGAAUUUGAUUUGCAGGUUUUGUUUUACAAUUAUAGGUGACUCAAAUUUGAUUAUUUAUACAAUUAUUUUUAUUCUAAUGUUCAUAAGUAUAGACAUUUAUCUUAAAAUAUACAGAACAAAACUUUAAAAAAUAUAUUAUUAAAAAAAAAUCAAUUAAAUUUCUUGAAUUGUACAAGAGAUAUUUAUUUUAACUUUCCCAAUGAAUAUUUGGAAUAUCAUGUAUAUUGACACGAUUUUUGUACUAUGAUUAUUGAAAUAUGCAUUUAUCUUCUAUUUAAUCAAUCAAUAUGAUUUUCUGUUUUAUUUAAAUUUCAUGAUAACAGAAGAUAUCGAUAGUUUGUUUGUAAGAUACGCUUAAAAUAUUCUUUGAAUUUAUUUUUUGAAAGAAAAAGUCCAAAAGAAACAACAACAUUCUCUUACUACUUGUUUAGUUCUAGAUAUUUAAUAGAAUUCAAUCAUUUAUUUCUAUUAUAAUUUCUAUGUUUUUUGUUUUUUUCAUAAUAGCUUCCAAUAUUAUCUACACCAAAACAAAUUCUAAUAAAUUCAUGUCCAACAACACAAUUAUAUCAACAACAACGUUCAUUACCAUAUCCAAUAUUACCAGUUACUAUAUCAACUCGUAAUAGUGAUGGAUAUUAUUCAAGAAUAACAAAUUUAUCAGCUAUUAGUGAACCAAAUAUUGUUGAUUUAAAUCAUAUUGAUUCUAUAAAAAAAAUGAGUGAUUUAUCAACAAAUAAUCAAAGAUUAAAUGAAAAUGAAAUACAUCGACAAUCUAUAAUACAUAAUCUUGAUAAUGGUAAAUAUAGUCGAUUAGGUGAUGCAAAUCCCAUGACACAAACAAUAUUGGAACGUGUUCAUGGUAGUAGUAGUAUGAUAACGUUACGUCAAAAUUCAAUAUUAAAUAAUAAUAAUAAUAAUAAUAUAAGACAAAAUUCAUUUGAUAAUAAUAAUAAUAAUAAUAAUAAUAAUAAUAAUAAUACAAUAAAUGGAACAAAUAAUUUAGAAACAAGUUUAACACGUCAACUACAUCAAUCAAAUGGUGACGAAGAUGAAGAUGAUGAUAAUGAAUCUACAUCAACAGAAUCAUCAAGUACAAAAUCAAGUCAUACAAUAGCUAUUUCAUUAUCAUCAUCGACAUCUACAAAUAAAUCUUCAGCAACUGCUAUACGUAUAGCAACAUCACUAUUUCAUGAUGGUAAACGACAAUUAACAAGAUUAGUUAGUCGAAAAUUUUUACGUAAAAAUCGAAAAAAACAAUGCCAAGGACAUCAUGAUAUUGCUGAUAUGGAUGAAGAAGAAGAAGAUGGUGAAAGAUUAUUAAUAAAUGAUGGUUCGAAUGGUGAUCUUAAAUAUAAAACAUCAAGAAAUUUAAAAGAACAACCACAAUUUGAUAAAACACAAUUAUUACAAACAAUUGUUAAUGCUCAUAAUGGACCUAUUUGGUGUAUGAAAUUUUCACCUGAUGGUCAUCUUCUUGCAACCGGUGGUCAAGAUAGUUUACUUAAAAUUUGGGUACUUAAAUCAGCACAACCUUAUUUUAAUGAUUUUUCUCAUAUAACAACAAAUCCAUCAAAACAACAAAAUGAAAUUUUAACAAGAAGAUUUAAUGAAUUUCAUCAAACAAUAUCAUCAGAAUUAAUAACACCAACAAUUAAUACAAAACUUGGUCUUAAUGAAAUACAAGCUCCACUUUAUGCACGACCAUUUUGUCAACUUAUUGGUCAUCAAGCACCUGUACUUGAUGUUGCUUGGUCAAAAUCUUUAUUUCUUUUAUCAUCAUCAAUGGAUAAAACUGUACGAUUAUGGCAUUUAAGUCGACUUGAAUGUUUAUGUUUUUUUCGUCAUGUUGAUUUUGUCUCAGCUAUUGCAUUUCAUCCACGUGAUGAUCGAUAUUUUGUAUCAGCAAGUUUAGAUGGACAUGUUCGACUUUGGAAUAUUCCUGAUAAACGUGUUGUUUAUUGGACUUCAAUACCAGCUCAAGCAUCAUCACCAAUAACUGCUGCUCAAGGCAAUUUAAUAACAGCUGUUAAUUUUUGUGAUGAUGGUCGUAAAGUAAUUGUUGGAACAUUUGAUGGUCGAUUUUUACUUUAUACAGACUCAUUACAAUAUGAUACUGUGAUGAAUAUCGGUGAUAAACAUGGUAGUCGAAAUCAUCGAUCAAGAAAAAAACGUCGAAAACCAUAUAAAAUAACAGGAAUUGAAUCCAUGAAUUCAAAUAAUUCAAAAGUUUUAAUUACAUCUAAUGAUUCUCGAAUACGUUUAUAUGAUAUUCGAACAAAAGAAAUUGAACGUAAAUAUCGUGGUUAUUCAAAUCAAUCAAGUCAAAUUCGUGCAUCAUUUAGUCAUGAUGAUCAAUAUAUAAUUAGUGGGAGUGAAGAUAGUUGGUUUUAUAUAUGGAGAACGGAACCAAGUAGUAUGAUAAAUACAAAUGGUACUAAUACAACGAAUACUAAAUUAACAAGAAAACAACGACGUCAUUUUGAUCGUGUAUUUGAACGUAUUCGAGUUCAUAAUACAAUGGUAACAUCUGCAAUAUUUGCACCAAAUCCGGUGGCAAUUAUGGAUUAUCUUUAUUCAUCAAAUGUCCCAUUAUCAAAUGAUAAUUUAUCUUUAGCGAAUCGUUCUAAUAAUGUAAUUAAUGCACUUCGUUCUUUGUCAACAGCAAUGUCUACAACAACACCAAUCGUUAAUAAUAAUCGAACACGUUUUAUUUGUGUACAUGCGCCAUCAAGUCCAACAGAAUUAUCUUCUUCAAUAAAUAAUAAUGGACCUAUUUAUGUUAUGGUUACAGCCGAUUCCAAAGGACAACUUAAAUUAUUAGUCAAUCGAUUUCAUCGUUAA